AUAUAUUAUAGUAACUUUAUAGAUAUAUUACCUGGUUAUCUAUAAAAUGCCAACCAUUCGAAUUUGUUUAGGUACGGUUUAACAAAAUUCUGACAUUUUUGACGUCAACAUGGACGGGAACUCGAAAAAAGAAAAGAUAGCUGCUGCUAGAAAAAAGCUGAAGAAAUUUAAACAGUCCUCUGGAAAUAACUCGACAAAGUCAUCAGCAUCACAGAGUAAGGAUGCCAAAAAGCAAAAAAUGCCUGAAGUCUCUGAAACAGCCAGAAACUCUACACCAGAGGUUCCCGUCCAGACAGAUGAGACAAAAGAGGAGAAAAGCCAAUCUAUGCCAACACAACCUGAAACAGAAAUGCAAACCACUGGGUCUACUGAAAGCCUUCAUCAGUUAUCUAGACAGCUGAAUGGCCUCAUAUCAGAACCACAGUCUAUGGAAGAGGAGGACGACUCAAAUUCUAGCUAUAUUGAGACUAGAAACAAAGAACUGGCAAGCCAGCUACAAAAACAGAAAGAGGAAAACCACAAAUUACAAAAACAAGUGCAACAAGCAAGAGAGCAUGCCCAGAGUCUGCAAUCUCAGCUAGACCAGGAGAUGGAGACCUCCACAGAGAAACAGAGGAAGGAGGUGGGGCCCCUCCGAGAACAACUACAGGUUCACAUACAGACGAUUGGGAUUUUGGUAGCUGAGAAGACAGAACUACAAUCUCAACUAAGCCAAUUACAGAAAAUAGCUUCUCAGAGGCUUUCUGAGAUUGAGGAUAUAAGUUCUCGAUUAAAGACAUCCCGACAGAGAGUGGGUGACCUAGAACGAAGCCUUGCCACAGCCAAUAACUCUGCUCAGCAGUUUGAAAAGAGUAGCAAAGAGUUUGCAAGGGAGGUUGACAGACUGAAAAUGGAUCUCCACAAGUCAAGUAAAUCUGCUGAAGACUUACAACAGCAGGUGGAGGAGCUAGUGGGGGAGCUACAAAGCAAGAAAUUUGAGUGUAGUCAACUUGAAGAAAGUGUUCGAGACUACAGGUCAAAGGCGGAGAUGGCGGAGUUGUACGUUCAGCAGUCAUCUGGUCAGACAGAAAACAAAGAGCAGACACUACAGGCCAUGGAGAUUCAGCGGCGUGAAACCGAGGCUCUCAGGACAGAACUGGCCGAGGUUCAGGAGGCAUGUAACAGAUUACUUUCGGAGAAAGAGGAGAGCAAGAGGCAUUAUCAGUCAAUUGUAGAUCAGUUACAGCACCACAACUCUCAGCUAACUAGUCAGAUCACAUCAUUAACAGAGGAAAGGGAAAAACUUGUCACAAGGGAACAUGACUUGGAAGUGGCAGUUCUAGAAUUACAAGAAAAACUACAGAAUAUUGACAGUGAACAGACCAGUCAGAUGAAUGACAGUGCCCGCCAGAGUGAGGAGAGGAUCAGUCAGCUGACGUCUGAACAAGCCGACCUGAAACAGCAGCUUGAGGCCCAGGUCCGAGACAAUGCCAACCUUAGCAGACUGAUGGAGGAGAAGGAGGAAAGGAUCUCAGAUCUUGAGGGGAGUCUGUCCCAGCUGAGGAGGGAGGCAGCGGACGCAAGUCAGCUGUUGGAAGGUGUACAGAAUGACAAGACUGCCCUCAGCCGUGCCCUCACUCAGAAUCGUGACCUUAAACAACAGCUGGUGGAGCUACAGAAUGGUUUUGUCAAAAUGAGUAAUGACAACAUGGAACUCAUGACUAAGGUCCAGUCCGAGCAGCACAGCUCCAGGGAGCUUCUGUGUCGAUUGAGUCAGCAGGACGAGGAAAUCAAGCAACUCAAAGAAAUGAUAUCUAACAGAGAGAACUCAGUAAUGGAGACUCAGAGCUCAGAGAGCACGUACAAGGAUGACCAUCUUCAGGACCGACUGAGGCACUAUGAGGCUCAGGCUCAAAUUGUUGAGACUCUACAGAGGGAGCUCCAUAACUCACAGGACAUGAUUGAUGCCCUUACAACACAGAACAGUGAAUUGAGGACCAUGCUGAUCAAGUCCUCAGAAAAGUCGGAAAACAAUGAGUCCUCUCCCAUGGAAGUAGACAGCGAGAGGGAUGAAUUGAUUGCAUCCUUACAGAAGACUGUGCGUCAUUUGGAGGUGGAGCGCGAGCAGUUGAACCAGAACCUGAAGGACCAGCGGGAACUUUCUGACAAACUGAGCGUGAACCUAGCAGACAUGCAGGAGGAGAUCAUUAAACAAUCUAAUGGUAAACCUCCCGAAAGAACUGCAGUUAGUUCACUGGAAUACACCAAACUGGAAAAUGCCCUGGAAAUGAUCGAGGAGAAAUAUACCAAGGUGAUGAGAGACAAGGCCGACCUGUGUGACAGAAAUGAUGAACUGGAGCACAUUGUGUUACAGCUGCAGGGCGAAUCAGAUACAAUAGGAGAGUACAUUUCCUUGUAUCAUCACCAGAGAGCUUUACUUCAGCAGAGAGAGGCUCAGAAAAAUGACUACAUAUCUCACCUGGCCAGAGAUAGGGAAGAAAUUCAGGGUAAGCUCAGUGAGCUUCAGCUGCUAGUGAUGCAGCUCCUGGGAGAAAAGAACAUGUUGGAUCACUACCACGAACAAUCUCUGACAGGAAGCCUUCGUCAGCUAGAGGAGCAACAGUUCCAGCAGUAUCCCACUAACGGCCAUCAUCCAGGCAUCACCAAUGGGAAUGCAGACUGGCCAGAUUACACAAGUUCCGAGUCCGAGGCAGAAAGUGAGGUGGAGGCGGUAGUGGGCCCUGUCCAUUCUGAUCGCAACGAAUCUGCGGCCGAAUCCAGACUUCAUCCGGGCAUUCCAGAGUCGGAGAAGCAUCACCACCACCCACAUCACCACCAUCACUCCCAUCAGCCCCACUCAGAGGAACAACCAGCCAAGGACAAUCACACGGCCAACAAAAUCCUCCAUCUUCUGUCAGAAAUCGGACAUUCCAAUCUUAUUGACCAUAACAUGGACGACUGUAUAGACCACAAUUUCUUACCCUGUAAAUACUGCAAAGGCCAGGUCCAUAUAGUGUGAGAGAGGCUGCAAGUUUUCUGAUAGCAUGGACUUAUAAACUUUGUUUAAUUAUGCACCAUCAACCAUGUGCAAUAAGGUCUUUCAUUGAUGUACAGGUUUCUAGUGUCCUGAUACGGAACUUGACACUGUACCUUAUGAUUGUGAUACAGAGCACAUAUUUUCCAAAAAGUCAGUAUUUCUAUUAAUAUGUGCAACCUGUAACCAAGGAAACAAGAGAAAUGCAUGUGGAAUAGACAUCCUUGUAGGUGUCAUUCAGGACAUCCAUGGCCACUGUAAUGUACUGUAAUGAUUGGUCUAACAAAACUCAGGAUUUUUAUCUUAAGUAGCUUGUUGAUGUCGUAUAAGAGGGGGCUAUAUUAAAAUCAUGUUUUUUUUUUAAAUUUAUAAUUUUCAAUGACUCUUCAAUAUAGUUUUGGUGAAGGAGCACAUCUCAUCAUCUUUACUCUGCCUUGAAAGAAACCGGAUCAUAUAUAGGGAGGUCACUUGACAGGUUUUGUCAUAGCAGAUCAAAACGGAAAACUCUCUGUCAAUUUUCAUUAUGACAUCAUAAAAAGCAAUGCUACAUUCUUAAAAUUGUUUUCUCUAUCCUUCAUUAUAUUUUUGUCAAGUACACAGUAAUUCAAAGACAAUAUCCUUAACAUUAAAUAGCAUAUUUUUUAUAUUUUCAAUCAUAUACUAUGAUGUGCAAUUUUGUGGAAAAAUGUUUUCUUUUUACCAACUAUUUAAUAAGUUAUGUAAAAGUCUAAUAGUGUUAGCUAAGUGAAGUAAACAUUCCUACAGGCGUAUAAGUCAUGCACUUUUUCUCAUUUAACUCGAGACAUUUCUGUUUCGUUAUAGUAUUCAGAAAGCUGUGUUGAGAUUUUGAGUUGUGAUUUUUUCUUUCUGUAAACUUUUUUUUGUAUCGAAAGAAAAAAAAGAUCUGUUAAAGGAAAUCUUUUUAAUACGAGGGAACUCAUGCUGAGCUUCUUCAUUGAAGUUCUGGCCAGAAUAUUCAAUAUUCUGCCACUGAAUGAGCAUUGGGACAUUAGACAGUAUUGGGAAACCAUACAAGGACUUGUAAUAUUUGUUAUUAUUUCAUUGUUAUAACAUUAAUCUCUUAUUUAAAAAGUAUGCUUUAAUUUUUGUUAUAUCCCUAUUUAUUUAUCUAAUACAAAUCAUAAAACAAGGUUAAAAUUGACUCACUUCAUUCAUUGUAAAUGGAAUGUAUUUAUAGUGGAUGAUAAUUAUGUUUAUCAACCAAUAAUGACUACAUAAAAAACUAUGAAAAACU